AUUUGGAGCGUUAUCUACGAGGACUGGCGAUCACUAGCUAUUUGCUUUGGUCAAGCCAAACGACCCUUUCGACUCAACUUCUUACAAAUAAAUAAAAAUAUUCUCCGUUAGCAAUCAAAGCCAUUGGAAAAUUUCCCCUUCAAUUCAUCAUCUCCACCGUCGGUUGUCAACGAAUCAACUACUACAAAGACUCUGUCUCUGAUGCGGUUGUUGAACGUCGCGAGCCAAAGGAAGUAUCCGACAUGAGUAGGCUGAGACAGCCGAGAAUCUUUUAGUUGCAGCUGCCGGCAAUUUAUCUCACACUGGGUCUGAGCAUGUUAAGUGGAGGGUCUCGUUCCUGCAGACUUAACGGACUAUAACUGCUCAAAACUAGCCACGUCAUGAAAGACCCAACUCAACAUUUCAUACGGGCACCUGCAGAUUCCGGCGCAGCUUCGUGCCUCGAGUGAUUCCACGAAACAAGGCCCCGCCGUACAGCAGCGUAGAAAAUUUUGAAGUCAAAAUUCCAAUCCCCUCUCUUUUUGUAUGACUUACUGUUUAGACUUUAGAGCUUAGACUUUUAACCCGGUUCAAGUGUGAUCAUCCCCUCCAAUAAUUCCUUCCUUAUUCCGGCCUCGGUAAUUCCUAUUUCGACCGGACCUUUGACUUCAGCUUCGUUUCGUCUUUGGUCCAGUAAAAGUCUCCGGUACAAAUGACCACAAUCGCAUCUUAUCCUCAACAGUUUGUUUGAUUUUGAAUUUCUUAUAGGAAUUGAAGAUGGCGCAAUCAGGGUAUGAUAUUAAUAAUCUAUUUCGAGAAGCUCAAUCUCGGUGGUUGAAGCCAGCGGAAGUACUCUUUAUACUUCAAAAUCAUGAAAAGUAUCAACUCACGCAGGAGCCUCCUCAAAAGCCAACAAGUGGCUCUUUGUUUCUUUUCAACAAGAGGGUUCUUCGUUUCUUUCGCAAAGAUGGUCACAAUUGGCGUAAAAAGAAGGAUGGAAGAACUGUCGGCGAAGCUCAUGAAAGGCUUAAGGUUGGUAAUGUUGAAACUUUAAAUUGUUACUAUGCUCAUGGAGAGCAGAACCCCAGUUUUCAGAGACGUAGCUUUUGGAUGCUUGACCCGGCAUAUGAGCAUAUUGUUCUCGUUCAUUAUAGAGAAAUAAAUGAGGCUAAGCCCAGUUCUACAUCCAUUCUUCAGUCACCUGUAUCCUCUUCUGCCUUUAGUCCAAGUCCAAACUCUUAUACUUCUCAAAAUCCUGGAUCCAACUCUCUAGCUAGCGAUGUACAUGAACCAUAUCAGAAUUUAUCUAGUCCAGGGUCUGUUGAAGUUAGUUCUGAUAUUGUCAUUAAGAAAAAUGGGAUAGAUAAUACAGUGGAGUAUUCCAGUCCAGCUGAUCUUGAGGUUAGUCAAGCUUUAAAGAGGAUUGAGGAGCAGUUAAGUUUAAACGAGGACAGCUUCAAAGAAAUGAGUCCAUUCUGCAGCCUGGAUGGAGAUACUGAUGAUUCAAAAUUUCUGGAAUAUGGAAGUGGGAUCGACAAGCAGGACCCACAAGCAGAUUUACUUUACAAACCAGAUGAUAUCAUUCAAGAUCACCUUUAUUCUCAACCUGCUAGGGUGGAAAAUUAUUCAAAUAGUUUUGCGCUGCUUCCAGGUGGAGGUAAAAAUGGAGAACCUAAUCAAGCGUAUGGCAAUGAUAAUUCAGAUGGAAGUAAGGAAUCUCUAUAUUGGAAAAAUGUAUUAGACUCCUGCAAGAAUCAAUCAGGUGUUGGCUCCCAGCAGGGAAAGCCACCAUCUUGUUCGAGGACAGAACCAGCAGAUCAACAAGAACAGUCUUAUUGGCUAAAUUUCAAUGGAUCUCACGUUGAAGACUCUUCUGUACUGCUACCUCAAGAAGUUGAAAAUGUUGAACUUCCUUCAUAUUCUUCUGCAAUACAAACUAUUGACACCAAUUCUGAUUAUUAUACGAUGUUGUUCAACCAAGAGGAAAUAGGAAUUCCUCUUGUAACAGAUUCAAGCUUGACCGUUGCACAGAAGCAGAAGUUUACAAUUCGGGAAAUUUCUCCAGAAUGGGGUAACUACAGUGAGGCUACAAAGGUCAUCAUUGUUGGAUCGUUUCUCUGUGAUCCCUCAGAAUCUGCCUGGGCAUGUAUGUUUGGGGAGACCGAAGUUCCACUUGAGAUCAUUCAGGAAGGUGUUAUCUGUUGUAAAGCUCCUCCUCACCUUCCUGGGAAGGUCACGCUCUGCAUCACUUCUGGCAAUCGUGAGUCCUGCAGUGAAAUCAGAGAGUUUGAGUAUAGAGUUAAUACUAGUAAUUGUGCUCGGUGUUGUUUAUCCAACACAGAGGCUCCUAAAAGUCCAGAAGAGCUAUUGUUACUUGUUAGAUUUGUACAGAUGCUUCUGUCUGAUUCCUCAGUGCAGAAAGACAGCAUUGAAUCAAGAAUGCAUGUUCUGAGAAAGUUCAAAGCUGAUGAUGAUUCAUGGAGUCAUGUCAUAGAGGCUCUUUUAAUAGGCAGUGGGACUACCUCUGGUACUGUUGAUUGGCUUCUACAAGAGCUUUUAAAGGACAAGUUGCAGCAAUGGUUAUGUUCUAGAUCCAAGGAAGCAAGUGAUCAGUCAGGCUGCAACAUGUCCAAGAAAGAGCAAGGAAUGAUACAUAUGGCUGCUGGUUUGGGCUUUGAGUGGGCCUUAAAUCCGAUUCUAAACCAUGGAGUCAGUAUAAAUUUCCGGGACAUUAACGGGUGGACUGCUCUUCACUGGGCUGCUCGAUUUGGAAGAGAAAAAAUGGUUGCUGCACUUAUAGCUUCUGGUGCUUCGGCUGGGGCAGUGACAGAUCCAACCUCACAAGAUCCAAGUGGCAAAACUGCAGCAUCUAUUGCUGCAUCCAGUGGACAUAAAGGACUUGCUGGUUAUCUUUCAGAGGUAGCUCUUACUAGCCAUCUUUCAUCCCUUACACUGGAAGAAAGUGAGCUUUCCAAAGGCUCAGCUGCAGUUCAGGCUGAAAUGGCUGUGAAUAGCAUCUCAAAGGAGAGCCUUGCCACCAGUGAGGAUCAGCUUUCACUUAAAGAUACCUUGGCUGCUGUCAGGAAUGCAACUCAGGCUGCUGCACGUAUACAAAAUGCUUUCCGUGCACAUUCUUUCCAGAAACGACAACAGAAAACAGUUGCUGCUUGUGCAGCUAGUGUAGAUGAGUAUGGUAUCAGUUCAGAUGAAAUUCAAGGUCUUUCUACCAUGUCAAAGCUUGCAUUUGGCAAUGCCCGUGAUUACAAUUCAGCGGCUUUAUCUAUUCAGAAGAAAUUCCGAGGCUGGAAAGGUCGCAAAGAUUUUCUGGCACUUCGCCAGAAAGUUGUAAAGAUACAGGCACAUGUGAGAGGUUACCAGGUCAGGAAGAAUUACAAGGUAAUCUGUUGGGCUGUUGGUGUUCUAGAUAAGGUUGUACUUCGAUGGCGACGGAGAGGUGUUGGCUUGCGAGGUUUUCGCAGUGAGCCAGAGUCCAUUGAUGAAAGUGAAGAUGAGGACAUUCUCAAAGUGUUCCGCAAACAGAAAGUUGAUGUAGCUGUUGACGAGGCUGUCUCACGGGUGAUGUCUAUGGUUGAUUCUCCAGAUGCACGUCAACAGUAUCGACGGAUGCUUGAAAGACAUCGCCAAGCGAAGGCUGAACUUGUUAACACAAAUGAACUAGCAGCAUCAGCUUCUGUAGGUGAUAUUUAUGAUAUGGAAAGUGAUGAUCUCCACUUUCCAUAGGAUCACCUUCUGAUCACACCCGUCUUCC